AGUACAAGGAGAGUUUUGCAACCCAGGGUCUGAGGAUCUGUUGCAUGGCCUUGUCAUUAACAAAAAGCAGCAAGAGUGGGAGGUCGUGGAGCUCUUCUCAUCUCUGUGCAUGAUGAGAAGGUCCCAACAGCAGAGAGAACCUACAGCACUCAUGCUUUGCAGGGCUCUGCUUGCACUCACUGCUCUCCUCUGGAUUAUUGUUUUGUUUUGCUGAAGACACCAAUGGAGGAUUGAAAAGGAGAAUCUGCAAGGAUUAACUUUGCAACUAUUUUUAAUUAUUAUUUUAAAUCAAGCUUUUUUUUAUUGAAGUUGUUUUUUUAUUCAUCAUCUCAUCUGUAUGAGAUUUUCUUCAACUGGAAUAAUGCCUUCGUGCUGGAGUGGAAGCUCCUGGUUUCCUGUUGUCGUGUUUGGUGCUGCCCUGGUUGUUUUUACUGCUGGUAAUGCUGGACCGAACCAGGACAGGAGGCAGGCUGGGUCAUCCUCAUGCUUUGGAGGCUUUGAUCUUUACUUUGUUUUGGACAAUGUCUGCUCUGCCCUUUCUCCAUUACGUCCAGAUGUUCCAGUGUUUCAGCCUGUUGGCUGGGCGCUUUGUGCUGGGACUUGUCAUGGUAACAAUGGAAACAUACAAUCUGGGAGUGUGCAGAAUCACUGGACCGAAAUCUACUACUUUGUAGAACAUCUAGCUCACAAAUUCAUCAGUCCACAGUUGCGGAUGUCCUUCAUUGUGUUUUCCACUGAGGGAAGGAUCCUAAUGAGCCUGACAGAAGACAGGGAGCGCAUUCGUAAAGGUCUGGAGGAGCUCCAGAGGGUACUCCCUGGGGGAGACACCUUCAUGCAUGAGGGCAUCCUGAGGGCCAGUGAGCAGAUAUACUAUGGAAACACUGAAGGUUAUCGCACUGCCAGCGUCAUCAUAGCUCUGACAGAUGGAGAGCUGCACGAGGAUCUUUUCUUCUACGCCGAGAGAGAGGCCAACCGCUCCCGAAGUCUGGGUGCCUCGGUUUACUGCGUGGGGGUGAAGGACUUCAAUGAGACCCAGCUGGCAAAGAUUGCAGACAGCAAGGACCAUGUCUUCCCUGUAAAUGACGGAUUCGAGGCCUUGCAAGGGGUCAUCGACUCGAUCCUGAAGAAGUCCUGUAUCGAGAUCUUGGCGGCGGAGCCCUCUAGUAUCUGUGCAGGAGAGUCCUUCCAAGUGGUGGUGAGAGGAAACGGCUUCCUCCACGCCCGCAACGUCGACAAGGUUCUGUGCAGCUUCCGCAUCAACGACACCCUCACAAAGAUGGUGAAGCCACUGAUCGUGGAAGAUACAUAUCUCCUCUGCCCUGCACCGAUACUUCAAGACGAGGGGAUGGCAGCGAACCUUUACGUCAGUAUGAACGAAGGUCUCAGUUUCAUCUCCAGUUCGGUCACCAUCACCACCGUGGGCUGCUCUGAUGGGACCAUCCUGGCCAUAGCUCUGCUCAUCCUGAUGCUGCUCCUGGUCUUGGCUCUCCUCUGGUGGUUCUGGCCUCUCUGCUGCACUGUGAUCAUCCAUGAACCCCCACCGCCGGUCGUGGAGGAGAGUUCGGAUGACGAAGACUUUGAAGCCCCUAAGAAGAAAUGGCCGACUGUAGAUGCCUCCUACUAUGGAGGAAGAGGAGUUGGGGGAAUCAAAAGGAUGGAGGUCCGCUGGGGUGAGAAAGGCUCCACCGAAGAAGGAGCAAAGUUGGAAAAGGCCAAAAAUGCCAAAGUGAAGAUGCCCGAGCAGGAAUACGUGGCGCCACCCAUGCGGGUUCUCAACAACGGCAUGCACAAACCCCACGGGCCGCGCAAGUGGUACUCACCCAUCAAGAGCAAACUGGACGCAUUGUGGGUGCUUUUGAGAAAAGGUUACGACCGCGUGUCUGUCAUGAGGCCUCACCCAGGCGACAAGGGCAGGUGCAUGAACUUCACCCGCAUUAAGUCGCCUCCUCCUCAGUACCCACACUACAACCACCAAUCAUCUCCCAUCUACAACCCUCCGCCGGCGCCGCAGUGCAACCUCCCUCCGACCCCCGGCAGCCCUCCAUCAUCUCCGUCUCCAUCUUCAUCUCCAUCUCCAUCUCCAUCGUUUUCCUCCUCCAACCUUCCCCCACUGCCUCCAACGCCCCCUCCCACCUCAAACACUCCCUCGCCUCCCAUCACGCCUCCCAUCACGCCUCCCCCUUACACGCCACCUCCAAAUCGGGCUCUUCCUCCGACCACCCUGCAUAUACCUGCCCCACCGGCGCUCCCACCAUCCCCUCCGCCUCCAGCCUCCCCUACCGGUUCCCUCCCUCCUCCUCCACAGGGACCCCCUCCGGGGCGAGCCCCACCACCUGCCCGUCCUCCGCCUCGCCCUGGCCUGUAGAGCUCUGGCAGACGAUGGGAGAGAGCUUAACAGGAUUU